CCGCUCCACCACCCACAACUGCAGCACCACCCACAACUGCAGCACCACCUGUGACAACAAUAUGUGAACCUUCAUGUGUAUGGUCUGACUGGAUAGAUCUGCACUGUCCUCCAACAGAGUGCCAUUAUGGUGAAGAAUAUUCCCUAGGAAUAUCCUGCUACCAGAUUGGACCAGAAGCUAGUUAUCACGAUGCAAAAAUAUUCUGUGCUGCUGACGGUGGCAUCAUGGUGACUCUAUCAUCUGCAGAUGAAGUGGGAUUUGCGAUGGACAAUUUUGGAGGUAACACAUUCUUUGUGAAUGCACACUGGUCAACAGCACAGAAUGCCUGGCUCUUGGACGACGGGACACCUGCCAGCCAACUCGACCCGCUAAAUCCGCCUGACGGUUCCUCUACCGAGAAAUGCCUGGUGAUGAUGAAUGGACAACUCACUGCUGCAUCUUGUGACGAUGCAUAUCAAUUCAUCUGCGAAAACACCGGGACGCCAGGAGCAGAGGACGAAGACGACGAGGCAGCACGAGACGAAGGAUUUGACAUCUGUGACGAACCCAUGGAUAUCGAGUGUCGUAACGUACGCACGGGCGACGUACUGGAGAAUGGAGAAACCUCAGAUGGCCUUAGCUGUACCUUAGAGCAUGGUGCUCAAUGUUCAUAUGACUGUGAAAAUUAUGAAGUACGGUACCGAUGUUGCCACGUCAUGCCGCAAUGUACAACAACAGUAGCACCCACAACUGCAGCACCACCCACCACAACUGCUGCACCACCCACAACUACUGCAGCACCACCCACCACAACUGCAGCACCACCCACCACAACUGCUGCACCACCCACAACUACUGCAGCACCACCCACCACAACUGCAGCACCACCCACCACUACUGCAGCACCACCCACAACAACUGCAGCACCACCCACCACUAGCACCACCCACAACAAUAUGUGA